UGACAUCCAUCAAGUGAUCGUACACAGUCGUUCCAUACUGUAUCCACUCUUUCCAACACAGCUUCAUCGAGCAUCCACAUUCUUUCAGCUAUUCUUACUACAUCUAUCCCCAUACAUACUUAAUCCUACUCCAACACCCCUUUCAAAAUGAAGUACACAACGGCCAUCCUCGCCCUCGCGGCCGCCGUCUCCGCCCAAGGCAUUUCAGACAUCCCAUCGUGUGCGCUCGCCUGUGUUGCCACUGGUGUGCAAGGUGUAGGAUGCAGCAUCACCGACUUCAAGUGUGCCUGCGGCAAGGCUGAUCAGCUGACACCCGCUAUCACGCCGUGUGUCCAGUCUGCGUGCAGCGCGGCUGAUGAAGCGAAGGUCAUCACUGUCCUUGGAGGCAUCUGCGCAGCUGCGGGUGUGCCUAUCAAUGUCUCUACGCCGCCUGCAAGCUCGGCUGCUCCAGCUACGUCAGCACAAGUAGUUGAAUCCAGCGCCCCUGUCUCGUCUGCUCCCGUUGCCACUACCUCAGCCAUUGAUACCUACCCAACCGCCUCUGCCGACUCUUGCGCCGUCGUCACCAUCACCACCACCGUCACCCUUGGCAAGCCUAAGCAUUCAUCCAUCCCUGCCCCAACUGCUCCUUACCCGACCGGUCCUGCUCCGUACCCAUCCUCCCCGACUGGAACUGGUUCCUCCUACGUAGCUCCUACCGGCACUGGCUCGUACACAUCACCACCUCUGUUCACCGGCGCCGCCAGCGCUAUUAAAGUGCCCGCGGGUGUUGCGGGUUUGAUGGGCCUUGUUGCUUAUCUUUUGUAAGUGUGCCGUUGUGACGAGUGGGGAUUUAUCCUCUGAGAGGGUAAGGGAGAUGGAUUGGAGCAUUUUUUGUGUAUAGUGAUACCCGUCCGGGUGUGCAACCUUGUAUGUAUGAAGAAUGUAGCCAUAAUU